AUGGCGUCUGGAAAUAUAAUGGGUGAAAAUUGCGAUUGGAGCGGAAAAUUAUUAUUAUUAACGGAGAAAAAACUCGUUGGAAACUUUGUUAAACAAACCACGAAUUGUAUAAAUGAUAAUAUUAUAAAAAACAUGGAAAGUAAUUGCAAGGUGUAUGAUUUGUUUGAAAACAUUUGGAAAACAUUACAUGAAGGUAACAUAAUGCAAGAUAUUGUAUUGCAUAAUGUUUUAAAAGUAUUGAAAAACAUUCUAGAACUUUGA